AUGCUUGCGUCAGGUCAGCUGAUGGUGCAAUGGGACUUCGCCGAGCGUCGCUGGUGGGACAUCCGCAAGGCACGGCCGCCCUGUGCCCAAGCUAAAUCAAUCGUGAAGCCAGGCCGGUACCCGCCCGCAGAUGAACCCAGUUUGGAAGCGACGACGCCCCCUCCGCCUCCACCGCCGCCUCCGCGCCUUCCAGUGACGGGCCCCAAGCUGCCGGCAAAGCCGGCUCGGAAGCCGCCAUCCCCCAUCGAAUCCAUGGCGAAGCUCCUCCGCGCUUGCACGACGGAAGCGAGCAAGCGCGAGCUUCUGGUGAACCACGGGUGGACAGGCUACCAAGCCCAGAAGAAGGAGGACCAGCCGUGGGAAGCGUGGUGGUACCUCAGCGACACCAUCUGGGCGUGGGAGAGCGAUCUCUUCGGACCUGAGGAGGCAAGGCUAGGUGAGAGAGAGCGGCCAGCGGAGUCAGCUGACAGUGUUUUCGUGCCAGGGCAGCGGACAGUGAGCGGGCAGCUUGCUGCAGUGCGUGCGCAGCGCCCAAGUACGAGGGAAUGCCAGCAAAAGACCGAAAGAAAGUGCUUGUAG